AUGCCUAUUGAUCAUAUUAUUGGAAUGUUCAUGAAUUUAUAUUCUUUACUGUCAACAACACUUUAUAAUUUUAUAGAAACAACCAAUGAAAUUGAAACUAAAAAUAAUCAAGAAACUUUUCAAGGAGAAGAAGAAAUUAUGGUUGAAAUUGCUCAAUUGAUGGAAAAAUUCUCAAAUUUAGAUAUUAGAGAUGAUAGUGAUGAGAAUUUGAAUUUGAGUUUACAAGAAGUCAAUUUAUUGGAUAAUUUAGAUAACAAUUCAAUCACAAAUUUAAGUUUUUCUGUUUUAGAUUAUGAAAAUUUAUAUGUUUCACUAUACAACCAAAGAGUAUCCCAUCAGGCUUAUAUUUCAAAAAACAUCAUUCAUAGUAGAUGUCAAAACAUUCCAAAUAGAUCAGAUUUAACAA